AUGACAAUUACAUCUUCUACAAUCCCAUCAGGCUUAACUGUGGAACUGUCUGGAAGCUGCAGGACUGUGGGUGUAGACCUAAUAAUAGGCUCCUUAGGAACGGUAUCUGUUAUUGGCAUGUGCUCAGCAGGAACAACAGGUGUAUUAGGUUCUUCAUGGGGAGGAUAUGAUAUUUCAGUAAUUCGAGGCGGUUUUGGAGCAGGCAUAGGCAUUUGUUUUGGAGGUCUAGGAUUUGUGGCAGUUACUGCAGGAGGCGGCAUAAGGGCUUGUGGUUGUGGUUGUGGAAGCUGCAGGAAUCCAGAGGAUUGGUUUUGCCAUUGUUGA